AUGUCGCAGAAGAAGAUAUUCCUGGUCUUUGUCGCCAUCAGUACUGUCAGUCUUCUGCUGCACCAUGGGGGCCACUUGAACUGGACCAUGGAGGGUUUCCACCUUGGUUGUCCUGCCCUCCGUUCCCACCCCGCCCCAGGCCUGAAACCUAAACACACCAAUGUGGCCUUUCUCAAGACCCACAAAACGGCCAGCACCACCAUGCAGAACCUGCUUUUCCGCUUUGCAGAACGCAACAACUUGACGGUGGCCUUGCCUGUACAGGCCUGCAGCCACCAGUUCUGCUACCCACGUUCCUUCACCUCUCACUUUGUGCACCCGCACACGUUGCCGCCAAACAUCAUCACCAGCCAUAUGCGCUUCAACAAGGCGGAGCUGCAACGCUUGAUGCCAAACGACACAAUCUAUGUCACAAUAUUGAGAGAGCCUGGCUCCAUGUUUGAAUCCUUGUUCAGUUACUACAACCAGUAUUGUCAGAGCUUCAAGAGGGUCCCCAAUGGCUCCCUGGAAGCUUUCUUAGAGGAGCCCUGGCGCUACUACCAGCCAGAUGAAAAGGACUCCAUGUACGCACGCAACACCUUGACCUUCGACUUGGGCGGAGACAAGGAUCGCCCUGCCACAGAUGUGGUGUAUGCGCGGGCCUUUGUGGCAGAGGUGGAGCGAGUUUUCUCUUUAGUGAUGAUUGCUGAGUACUUUGAUGAGUCAUUGGUUCUCCUUCGCCAUCUCCUCUCCUGGGAUCUGGAUGACAUUCUGUAUGUUAAGCUCAACAUGCGGACCUCAAGCUCAAAGCGAAGCCUGACACCAGGCCUUCCUGCAAAAAUCCGGGCCUGGAAUUCCUUAGAUGCGCGUCUCUAUGAUCACUUCAAUGCCUCGCUGUGGCGCCAGUUGUCAGCUCUGGGUCCAGCCUGUGUGGCGAGGGAGGUGCGACUCCUUCGGCGAGCCCAGGAGAGGCUGAUGAGAAGCUGCUUUGGUGGGCGAAUGCCGCUUCUCCGCUCAGCAGCACAGAUCAAAAACAAAGAUCUCCGCCCUUGGCAGCCUAGUGGAAAAGUCGACAUUGUGGGCUACGACCUACCGGUAAAUCUCAGCCGUGGGUUCUCGAGCCAGGCACAGGAGCUCUGCCUUAAGCUCAUCAUGCCAGAGGUCCAGUACACACGGGUUCUCCUGCGUUCUCAAUCUCUGCGCUACCGUCGAGGCUACCAGCUCCGGCCUCCGCAGCAGUCACAUCCCCUGCAGCAGCCCAUACGCACAGUCCUGCCUCGGCAUCCUCAAGUACACCGCAGUCAACAGCCUCCUGCACCCCCAGCCCCCGCCUCAGGAACUGGGUCCACCUCCACCUCAAAGCCUGCUGCAGGAACUCAAGGUCGGACCACAAAGUUAAGGCCUAAAUCCUCACAGACCCAGGCCUCGUAG